AUGGCAGACCCCAAACUUGACUUCACCACUGGAGAGUCUGGCGCAUCCACCAAUCCUAUGCAGUGCUCUGCCCUGCGAAAGAACGGCUUUGUGGUGCUGAAGGGACACCCCUGCAAGAUUGUGGAAAUGUCGACCUUCAAGACCGGAAAGCACGGACACAAGCCAAGGUUAACAUGAUGGGCAUUGACAUCUUCACCAACAAGAAGUAUGAGGACUUGUGCCCCUCCACCCACAACAUGGAUGUGCCCCACGUCAAGAGGAACGAUUUCCAGCUGUUGAACAUCACUGAUGGGUUCAUGUCCCUCAUGAGUGACAAUGGCGACUGAUUCAGACCUGAACAAGGAAAUUGAGCAGAGAUUUGCCACCUCUAAAGAUAUCAUGUGCGCUAUGGGGGAGGAGUAUGCAGUGGCAGUUAAGCAGAUGACCGGCAAAUAGAAAGGCUUGACUGCUCAGGCAACAUACUCCACCCACAACCAGUUUCUAGCAUUCGUAUUGGUUCUAUCUGCGACGGCCUUCACAGACAACCUCAAUCAUUCUGUUUUGAUUGUUAAUUUAUUUCCUAGUUUUUUUGUUUCUCUCUCCGAUGCUGUGUUGGACUGUCCCACCGUUACCGUGGCUCGCUCGCUGUGUUGGACUGUCCCACCGUUACCGUGGCUCGCUCGCUGUGUUGGACUGUCCCACCGUUACCGUGGCUCGCUCGCUAUGUUGGGUGGCAUACUGCUGGAUCACAAAGGUUUUGUUUAGUUAUACAUAAUCUACUAAAUAAAGAAAAGUACUUAAAAAAUAUAGAUGUUAUUUUUUUGACUUUGAGAUAUCUUGGUCUUGCCACAUACAUUCCUGAAUGUUUAAAAUAAUAAUGACUGGAUCCAGAACCCAAAAAAUGUGUGGCUAUGGAAUCUAAUGAACAUGUUUUUAGUGGCGAGGUAGACGUGAAUUAAUAAUGUUUUUGGUGACAAUCAGCUUUGGAAUCAGCAUGUUUGGGAAGCUAACAAUGCAGCACAGACAGCUCUAGCAAUGAAUGAAUAAGUGGAGCAGGAACUUUGCUCUUCGCGCUAUAAUGGCAUCGCUACGCACUCUCCCCUCCCCCCUCCUCCUCUCUCUCCCUUGUUCUCUCUCUCUCUCUCUCUCUCUCUCUCUCUCUCUCUCUCUCUCUCUCUCUCUCUCUCUCUCUCUCUCUCUCUCUCUCUCUCUCUCUCUCUCUCUCUCUCUCUCUCUCUCUCUCUCUCUCUCUCUCUCUCUCUCUCUCUCUCUCUCUCUCUCUCUCUCUCUCUCUCUAUGUUGACAGGAGCCUUAUUGCUAUCGGCACUCCAGGGGUUAAAGAUCUGUGAGCCAACAGCAGCAGCUCGGCUUUAGCCACUCCCUGAGCCAGCCAGGAUUUACAUUUUAAAAUCGUGAUCGCCUCCUCCUGCCUCACUCAUUCGCUCUGGGCUUUGUGUGAGCGUGCAGUGGUGGAACUGUGUGAGUGUAUGCCGGAGAGAGCAGACACAAAUGAGAGAGAAAUAGGGGGAGACUAAAAGCAUUCUGUCUGCAGGAAUCCUUCUGUCUGCAGUCGAGGAAGACUAGAACCAGAUAGAAAAGAAGCAACAAAGGAAAUAGACUCAAGAAAAAGAGUGAGAACGAGGAAAAACAGGACUGCCUGAGACGACGAGAUACACAGUCACACACACAGCAGUCGUGUAGCGGCGAGGCAACGGUACUCACUCACACACUCUCAGACAGUAAAAAAGGCAGGAAGCUGCCUGGAUCUUGUCAAGAGAGAGGUUUGUGUAUCCGUCUGCGGGUGUGUGUGUGUCUGCAGCGAGAUUAGAAUGGAGGAGGGCUUGUUGUCUGUGGCCCCAGCAUGCAACUCUACAACCACCAACGCAUUGCUCAACAACCACUGUGCCGGUAAUGUACUGUACGAUAACCGUAGUAUUGCUUUCAGUGCUGUUCCAGAGAGAGUGAAGGAAUCAAGGUUUGGAGGUUAGUGGGGUGCCAGCUCCAUGUGGUUCAUUGGCGCGUGUGUGCGUUCUAUGGGGUUUCCCCCAGCUAUGCACUUGAAGUGGAGUUUGCUGCAGAAUCUGUCUUCUGCAACACCAUCUGUGUGGUUUACCAGAAAUGGCAUGCAAGUGGUUUUAACAGACAAUACCUUUAUGACGUUCUUAGCUUGCGUGGGUCAUAGUGAAACUAUAGAAGUAGGUAGGUAGUUGUGUAUUGUGUAAUGUAGAUUACUGUGAAAGAGAAUAACCCAUUUCACGAUCCGCUGUAGUUCCCCUGUGUGUGUGUGUGUGUGUGUGUGUGUGUGUUUGUUUGUGUCUGUGGCUGUUUACCGGUCUUUGUGACUGUGGCUGUUCAUUCACACAAUUACCUCUGCACCCCCGAUUUGUCUGUGUUUGGAUCACCAUGACAUUUCUCCAAGCCAUUCACCAUUUAUUCAGAGAGCACACCCCAGUGAGACUGCUGCUGAUUGGCUGAGGAUAGGACUGAGGAAGUAGAGCUAUCUAGAUGUCUUUCUUUAUAGCAGGGAGGGAGGGAGGGAGGGAGAGAGGGGGAGAGUCAUAGAUCAUAGCGGUGUGUCCAUGAGGAAAGUUCAUGGCCUCAGUAGGGCUAGGAACCGGUUAGGGUGUUACUACUUCCUGGAUUUGUGCUUGAAAUAAAGGUUACUGCAAGCUUCACUCCGUUGAUCUACGUGGGUGGAGUGGGAUUUUUGGAGCAUGAUAUCCUCACCGGUCCCACUCCCAUUCACAAGGGGACGAUAUAUUUGUAAAAAAAAUAAAUAAUAAUCAUUUUGUGAAAGCAAGGAAGAGUUGCCUGCCUUUGCUAGUGGUAGCUAGCUGGUAGCCUGGAUAGCUGGCUUUAGCCUGGCUAAAAACAUAGCAAGCUAGAUGGCCUUUUUAGCUUCCCACAUCUCUAUGUGAAGUAAUCAGAUUUAUAAUGAAAAAAUAUGCUCUGGCAAAUAUUCGUAUACUUGCUGGUGUAACCUAAAACAUUAUCCCAGUUUGAUAUGCUGCUUGUGUAUUCAUUCUGAUAUCAGCUAAAAAUAGGUCAUCAUGUUUUGGUCAUGGAGAUUUCACAAUAGCCUGGAAUCACUAGUUAUUACUUCUAAACAAAAUACCUUUUUGUUGUUUGGUUUACUGUUUGAACAGUCGCUGAGAUUUAUAUUUGGUUAUCAAUGCAAAAACGUUGAUUAUUAGCCUAGAUAGCCUAUAGAUCAGCUCAAGGAACCAAUUGACAACACUGCCCCCACAGCUGCAGAAGGAAUGAUACGGUGCGUCUCAACUUUCAGAUAGUACAAAAGUACGUUGAAUGCCGGAGCAUAUUACAAGGAGACGCCCCCUUUGUGACGACAAAAUGACAUUGCAACACUGCGCUGUGCUCCGUGCCUUCUGUCUCCGUAGUGUGUGAAUUUACCUUAACAUGGCCAUGACCAGGCAGUACUGCUCCAUGUACUGCUGGUCUAUAAAUAACUAAAACAACAAGUGUGUGUGUGUGUGUGUGUGUGUGAUCUGUAUAAAUGUUCAACAGUUUAUGUUAGUUGAUGUGAGUCAUUUCUAUAUACAGUGUGUAUGUAGUGAGUAAGCACUCUUAAGGUGUCAGCAUGCUUUUGUUCUGCUGGCGCUUAGCUGAACUCGGCUAGGCGAACCGAACGAGUGUGGUCGCAUACUCCCUUACAAGACCUUUGCUUUAAAAAAAUAUUUUAAAAAGCCGCAAUAAUACUGUUCGUCCAUCUUGAGACUCCUCAAAAGAGUCUGAAUGAAUCUAAGAUAACUCAAGUAAUGUCAUUCAUUUUGAAGUUUUUGCAGAGGAGAUCUUAGUCAAGCAAUUGUAUAUCUAACUAAGAUGUCUGGUGCAGUAUUUCUCAAGUGAAAAAAUGGAAUGACAACUAACACUGUUGACCAAUCACUGACAAAGGGGUGUAGACUUCAGCUACCGACUUCGGCUUGCCUCAAGAAAACAUUUUGUGUGCACGAACAGCCGAAAGAACCCUUGCCGAAGACCAAAACGAACAAAGACUUCACAAAAAGUUGACAUAAUAUAUGCACAAACUGUUCAGAAAGGUUUCGGAUUGGGAAGCAUGUGGACGCCAUAAUGGCAGUGGGAAAUGGUAGUAGGCCAAUUGGUAUUCUGGCUUUUUAUUACAACACCUCAUUUGGCAAAUUAUGUCCCUCCCUUCUCUCACUCCCUCCCUCACUUCUCCCCCACUUUUAGGUAGUCUUCGUACCCCCCUCUCCCAUGCCGCUUUCCUUCAAAGCACACACCAUCCUCAAAUAAUUAAAGACAAAUAGUGGUGUUGAGUGAGAGAGAGGCAGGAGAAAGGAGAAAACACAAAGGCAGUCAACAAUUACAGAUCCAAACUUUACGUCUGUCUUUCUCUCUCUUCCCCUCUCACUAUAUCGUAAAUACAGAUUUUCUCAUGCAUACUAAUAGGCAGACAUAUGUUCUGAGCAUACAGAUACUUACAUGUAGAGAUACAGGUUUAUAGACACACUAUGGAUAUGUGUGGUGUAUUAGAAUAAGGAGGUGUUAGGCUCUCUGCCAUCUGGGAGAAUCCCCACUCUGAGAGCAUUCACAGAUGGCCUGAUUCGAGCUUUACAGUUCUUUCUCCAGUGUGUGUGUUUGUGUUUUGCACUGAAAGAGCUGGAAAGUAUGUGUGUGUAUUGCACUGUGAUUGAGCUGUAAAGUGUGUGUUUAUAGCGACUAGCGAGUAUUUCGAAUUUUCUGAACGAGCCGUGAAGUAUGUAGGUGCAUAGUGAAUGUGCAGUGUGCUUUGACAAGGCUGUAACGUGUCUUUAGUAAACACAGUGUGUAUUACAGAGAUAGAGUUGUAAUGUACGGUUGAGCGCUGGGCUGUGUGCAGCUUCUCUCUGCUAAUCCAAUCUCAUCCAUCAUCAGAUCCCUCCAUCAUCAGAUACCCCCCCACAACACACACACACACACACACUUGGCCUGGCCGCACAGCCUAAUGUCUUACAACAAACAUGUCGCCGCAUGCAUAAAGCAAUUUAAAGCCCCUACGAGCAGCCCGCAGGAAUCUGAGCACCAUGGCGAUUAACACGGCACUCAUACACACACACUCUUGCACAUGUGCACACACAUACAUGCCCAUACAGUUCAUGCAUGCACAGCCAGCAAAAAUACAUUCAUAAACUGGCAGACAGAUAUUUCUUUGUUUGUUUGCUCAGACACAUAGCAUUGAGUUAGUGUGCAAAAAGAAGACAUUUUUGAUCACUGUACAUAAAUGUAUGUCAUCAAUGGAUACCAUCCAAAUAUGAGAAGUGUGAGGGUGUAAGUGGCAAGGGUUAAAGAAAGGGACUAAGUGCAGGAGAGCGAGAGAUGAGAGGAGAUUGAUGAUAGACCUUGUCAAAACAUGGCUGUGCUCCACAUUUCAUUAUGGAGGCUAAAGCCUCAGACUGAAGUGUGUCCGUGUGUGUGCGUGUUAGCUUGUCUGUCUGUGUUUUUGCAUGCAACUUUUUUGCUUAGUGUGAUACUAUAAACUGCCAGAGACUGGGAUCAUGAAUCAGUACAUGAUACUAUGCUUUAACACACUCUCCUAUUGCCUGUGUGUGUGUGUGUGUGCGUGUGUGCGUGUGUGUGUGUGUGAGAGAGAGAGUGUGUCUUUGUUCAUUAACAGGAUUAGAUGUACUACAGACCGGGCAUCAUUCAUGGUGAUUAAGUAUUGAUGGAGGGAGUUGCUGUAAUAAAUCUGAUUAUACGGGCCCCCAGAGUGUGUGAGGACAGGAAAUAAGCAUGAGGACCUGAAAUGACUCCUGUGCGUGUGCAUGCAUGAGUCUUUUUUAAAACAUUUAGCAGUGUGGUUUCUCUAACCCAGUCCCAUUGUUAGAACAGGUACUGAUCCCCCAGAGUGAUCUCUGCCACUGUCUUAACACUGUGAGAUGAAGAGAUUGAAGAAGGGGAGGAGGUCGAGGGAGAUGAGUGUGUUCUCCAGUAGCAACCUGUCUGUCAAACACUGACAGGACGGUGAUCUGGGUUGGGAGAGAGCAGAUGUCAUGACCUUUUACCCUGAAAAGUCAGUAUGUGCAGCUGGAGACAACCGGAACCAGUCUUCCCAGUAAGACCUUCACUGGAGAUGAUGACCUCCUGGGUGAAGUGUUGAGCUGUAUUAAACCUCCUGUCAAUGGGGCUAACAUGGAUAAAUACAGGCUUACUCCGUUAGAAAGAGGGAGACCGUAUUCUUAAGUCCGUGUUCAUGAAGUGUCUCAGAUUAUAAAUGCUGAUAUAGGAUAAUUUAGCAUUUUAGAUCAUUAUCAAUAAGAUUAUAUGGACGGGGGGAACUGAUACUAGAUCAGCACUCCUACGGUUUUUGAAUAUGGGCCCUGGAGCAUGUCUGGAAACACAGCCGUCUACUGUAGUUGAGGAAAGCAUCAGUAGUGAGGCAAGCAUUGGAAAGAGCCUGGCUGGUUGUUAGUGUCAACACCAACCAUUCGAGCAGCCAUUCAGUAUUCAAACCAAAACAACUCUAAUUAAUUAUAUAGUGUUGCUUCCUGUUUGACAGGAUGUGUGUUUGUGAUUAUGCUCCCUCUUAACAAAUCAUUAUUUCCAGGCUGCUUAUUGGUUCACUCCUCUCCUUCUUUCUCCAGCUCUGAUUAUAGCCUGUGUGAUCUCACUUCCUGUGUGUCCUCACUUCCUUUGUGAUGUUACUUCCAGCAGGUCCCAGCUAGUGUCCUUGUCCUUUAGUAGCAUCUGUUCUCUCUAGUCCCUCAACCUCUUCACAACUUUCUACACUCACACACUGAACAUAUCUUCCCACAGAAAACAUUCACAAAGAUAUUCAGAAGUGCAAUUACUCACUUAUCAAGUGCUUAUUACUCAGAAAUCCCUUUCACAUGACUUGAGAAUACUAAAUGUGUUCUCAACACAUAGACUAUCACAGGAUAGUUAGCAGAGGCAGAGGAAUCAGGUUUUGAAGUGCACAUUUUCUCUACGAUAUGUUUUGACAGGGUGUUGGGUAAUAAUCUACUUAUCUUCUAAUCAGUCUUUAGAGAGUGUUGUAAUGCUCUCAUUAUAACAACAAGCGUGUUAUCAUGCUUGCGGGGGUUGCACAUUACUGAGAAGGAUGUCACCAUUCACAUCUGGCCUCUUUCACCAUUUCUCUUCCUGAGUAAUUCUCAGGGUUUCCUCCUUCCUGGGCUAGGCUGGAGGUUCACACAGGGCCUUAAAACCUUUCUGUAUCAAUAAAUGCAAAUUCAGCCCAUCCUCUGCAUUGUAUCCUAUUUUACAGCUGGGACGAUAAACCAAAAUGUACCGACACCGACCAUACCGAUCACUUAUCGCAGGCAUUUUGCAGUAGCCUAUACUAGAGGAAAUGUGAAGUUUGAAAUGAAAUAAGUUUGCUAAAAUGGGUGAUGGUUAAUGAAACAAUUGAUGGCUACAAUAAUAAUAAUAAUAAUAUGCCAUUUAGCAGACGCUUUUAUCCAAAGCGACUUACAACAAUUAAACUAGUAGUAGUUAGGGUAGGGCGGUAUCCAGAUUUACAUUCCUUCAUACUGUGUCUGUGGCAUCUCGGGAUAUACAGUAUCACCGGCUAUUUAUUUAAAUAAUAAUACAUUUAAAAAAGAAUGUCAGUUACCAGAAUGCUAACAAAUUGCUAACAAGUACUAAGCAAUUCCUAUAGUGGAUGCAAGGUAAAUGCUAACGAGCGCAUGUGAACAUUUACUAAGACGGACAACCCAGCUCAUAAAGUUAUGCAAGUUGCUAUCGCAAAACGCAGUUUGCGGCACACACAAUACAUAUGCUCAAAAAUAAAGGGAACACUUAACACAAUGUAACUCCAAGUCAUCACCUUUGUGAAAUCAAACUGUCCACUUAGAAGCAAAUGAUUGACAUACAUUCCAGCUGUGUGCAAUGGAAUAGACAACAGUGGAAUUAUAGGCUAGCAAGACACCCCAUAAGGACUGGUUGCAAGGGUGACCACAGACCACUCUCAGUUCUAUGCUCUGUGUUUUGGUCCUUUUGAAGCUGGCAGGCUUCACUGUGUGCAUGAGACGAGUUACAACCCCACAAUGGCUCAGUAUGCAGCUAUCAGGUGGCAUCAAUGCAAGCUGUGGCAAGUUGCGUGUCUGUCACGUUGUCCCGAGCAUGGAGUACAGGAGACAGUAAUCAGGAGCGGAGGAGGCCGUAGGAGGGCAACAACCCAGCAGCAGGACUGCUACCUCCGCCUUUGUGCAAGGAGGAGCAGGAGGAGCACUGCCAGAGCCCUGCAAAAUGACCUCCAGCAGGCCACAAAUGUGCAUGUGUCUGCUCAAACGGUCAGAAACAGACUCCAUGAGGGUGGUAUGAGGGCCCGACGUCCACAGGUGGGGGUUGUGCUUACAGCCCAACACCGUGCAGGACAUUUGGCAUUUGCCAGAGAACACCAAGAUUGGCAAAUUCGCCACUGGCGCCCUGUGCUCUUCACAGAUGAAAGCAGGUUCACACUGAGCACGUGACAGACGUGACAGAGUCUGGAGACGCCAUGGAGAACGUUCUGCUGCCUGCAACAUCCUCCAGCAUGACCGGUUUGGCGGUGGGUCAAUCAUGGUGUGGGGUGGCAUUUCUUUGGGGGGCCGCACAGCCCUCCAUGUGCUCGCCAGAGGUAGCCUGACUGCCAUUAGGUACCGAGAUGAGAUCCUCAGACCCCUUGUGAGACCAUAUGCUGGCGCGGUUGGCCCUGGGUUCCUCCUAAUGCAAGACAAUGCUAGACCUCAUGUGGCUGGAGUGUGUCAGCAGUUCCUACAAGAGGAAGGCAUUGAUGCUAUGGACUGGCCCGCCCGUUCCCCAGACCUGAAUCCAAUUGAGCACAUCUGGGACAUCAUGUCUCGCUCCAUCCACCAACGCCACGUUGCACCACAGACUGUCCAGGAGUUGGCGGAUGCUUUAGUCCAGGUCUGGGAGGAGAUCCCUCAGGAGACCAUCCGCCACCUCAUCAGGAGCAUGCCCAGGCGUUGUAGGGAGGUCAUACAGGCACAUGGAGGCCACACACACUACUGAGCCUCAUUUUGACUUGUUUUAAGGACAUUACAUCAAAGUUGGAUCAGCCUGUAGUGUGGUUUUCCACUUUCAUUUUGAGGGUGACUCCAAAUCCAGACCUCCAUGGGUUGAUAAUUGGAUUCAGGUCAUGUAUAUGUAAAUGUUGAAUUAGACAGCAGUGCUCUUAAUCCAGAAGGGGGUUGUCUCUGCUGCUGUUACCAAGAAGCGUUAUCUUGCAAGCUAAUGUUAGCCACUUAGCUAACGUUAGCAAGUUAGUAAAACCCAGCUGGAGAGAAUUUAUCUUAGAUAUUUAACUUAAUAGUUAUAAGACAUAGAGCUGGCAAACAUUAGUAGCCUAGUGAAUUUCAUACAAGGUUAACUUGAUCACCUCACUUAACACUAGAACUGCCUGGCCUUUCAGCCUAUAAGUACCUGCUAGAGAACGUUGCUGGGCGUCCCAUUUAGCAUAUGCAUCCGAUGCAAAUCAACCUGCAAGGUGCGCAAACAUAAGCACCAGCGCUUGAUAUAUAGUGCAUAAACGAUUGUAAAGGAUCAAUUGCUUGAAGAAAUAUUAGUGGAAAUUAUAUCAAUAAAAAAUAACAACAAUAGUUAUUUUUUUAGAUAGAGUCAAGGAUAUGUUUUGUAUAAUUCUACAAAGUCCUAUAAAAAACGUAGGCCUAUAGCCUAUUUUCGUUUCCCUUGCAAUAAAAGCAUUACAGUGUAAUCCAUUUGAUCAACUUUAUUUGUGCAUGAACCAGUGCAUGAACAAUUGUAAAGGAUGAAUUGCUUAAAUAAAUAUGAGUGGAAAUAUAUUAAUGACAAGAUAUAAAACAGUUAUUUGUUGAUUGUAUCGGACACUGUAUAGAGUACCACAGUACGAGUCAUAAUACCCAUAAAACCUAGCAGUCAAACAGGGAAAUGGUUCCAAUCGUUUUUCCACCAUUAAUUUCCCUUACAAUAAAUGUGAUUAGUAAUACAGUUAUAGUAAAUAAAACAGUCCCUUAACAGCUUAUUUUUACAAAGUAAAACGUAAAAGAGAAUGUAUCAACCCACAAGGCACGCGGUCCAAUUAUUUGCUGCCGAUAAAUAGGCAUAACACAAACUCAUCAUUACGCUAUUGUUGUUCUAAAUGAAAUAAACCUCUUCACCCUCCUUAUCAUUCAGUUAGGCCUAAUUUAAAUUCAGUUGUGAAGUAAGGGGCAUAAUUAUCGCCCAUUCAUCCAUUUGUCAUUCAUUCAGUGAGGAUAUUGAGACACAUUGGCGCCUGGCUGGGUACCAACGUCCUACAGCACAUUGUCUUGGCGGGGUAAGUUGGGAAUAGGUGUGAAAAAAAGCGGUAAAAAGGCUCUAAAUACUUUUCUGUUUGUGAUUUUAAAAUUCAGACAAAUGAGCAGUGUAAAAUACAAGCAUUUAUUUAAAGUCAGGGAAGGAGCAGGACAUAGCUGGAAUUUUUUAUUUUAUUUUCUGAUUUAAUAUAUUUUUUUUUAACAAAAUCAAACAUCAGUGGCUGUUGGCUUAUGGCGGUUCUAGUGUUAAGUUGCGCUGCAGCAGGAGUGACUCAUCUCACGUUUUGCUCGUUGUGUUUCUUUGUAAACAAACAGCUCAAACAGCUGUUUUGGGAAACUAGUAGGCCUACCGGUAAACAACAUAAUGAAAAUUUAUCUAACAGGCGAAAUAAUGAGUCCUUUUUUUUUUUACGGUAUUGGAAAAUCAUACCAAGGGUAUUUCCAAAUACCCUGGGAUACGGUUAUAUACAGUAUAACACCCAACCCUAGUUGUAGUGGUUUAAAGGAUCAUUUAAAAAAAACUGUAGUGCACAUGAAUGUUAUAAAUGUAUAGUUCUAUUUAUCGUUAUCGCAUCAAUUCAGGCAAUUUAUCACCCAGCUCUACCCUAUUUUAAUACAUAUAUACACUCAGUGGACAGUUUAUUAGGUACACCCAUCUAGUACCAGGACCCUCCUUUGCCUCCAGAACAGCCUGAAUUCUUUGGGUCAUGGAAACAUUGCUCAAUUGGUAUCAAGGGACCUAACGUGUGCCAUGAAAACAUUCCCCACACCAUUACACCACUGCCACCAGCCUGUACGGCUGACACCAGGCAGGAUGGGGCCAUGAACUCAUGCUGCUUAUGCCAAAUCCUGACUCUGCCAUCAGCAUGAAGCAACAGGAACUGGGAUUCAUCGGACCAGGCAAUAUUUUUCCACUCCUCAAUUGUCCAGUGUUGGUGAUCGCGUGCCCACUGGAGAUGCUUCUUCUUGUUUUUAGCUGAUAGGAGUGGAACCCGGUGUGGUCAUCUGCUGCAAUAGCCCAUCCGUGACAAGGACCGACAAGUUGUGAGUUCUGAGAUGCUGUUCUGCACACCAAUGUUGUACUGUGCCGUUAUUUGCCUGCCUGUUUGUGGCCCACCUGUUAGCUUGCACGAUUCUUGCCAUCCUCCUUCGAUCUCUCACCAACGAGACUGCCACUGACUGGAUGUGAUUUGUUUGUCGCACCAUUCUCUGUAAACCCUGGACACUGUCUUGCGUGAAAAGCCCAGGAGGCCGGCCGUUUCUGAGAUACUGGCACCGAUGAUCAUACCACGCUCAACGUUGCUUAGGUCACUCAUUUUGCCAAUUCUAACGUUCAAUCGAACAGUAACUGAAUGCAAUUGCUUGUGUGUAUGUGUGUGCUCACUGAAGGGGCAGAGAGGAGAGUUCUGUUCAGGAAUGUGUCAGGCCAUUGUGAAAUAUAACGAGAGAGAGCGAGAGACAACAACACCCCCCCAACAAGAUCCGGAGGGCGGAAGGUGGAGAUGGACGGCGGUCUGAGAGAGCUGGCUGCACUCCAGACUGAGGUGAGAGAACUUAAGGAGGAGAGAGAGGAACACAUGGCACAGCUAAAUGCAGUGAAGGAAGAGGGAGAGAAAAACAUGGCACAGCUAUCAGCAGUGAAGGAGGAGGUGAAAAUCUGAGGUGUAACAGAGAGCAGGACACUCCCCCAGAGAAGCCAGCAGAACAGCCCACCUCAGACCCAGACCACAACCUCAACACCACAAUGGGACAGACAACACAGGACCCACCAACCAAACAGACCCCACCCCCUCCUAACAGCCCACCUGUCAGCUCCCCUGAUAGCUCUACUGACAACCCCCACACGUCCGGGGCGGCAGGUAGCUUAGUGGUUAAGAGCGUAGUGCCAGUAACCGAAAGGUUGCUGGUUCUAAUCCCCGAGCUGACUAGGUGAAAAAUCUGUUGAUGUGCCCUUAAGCAAGGCACUUAACCGUAAUUGCUCCUGUAAGUCGCUCUGGAUAAGAGCGUCUGCUAAAUUACAAAAAAAUUAUUAAAAAAAUAAAAAAAUGGAGGACACACAAAAGCCAGAAAUUGUGCUCCUCAUUGACUCAAAUGGCAAAUACAUUUAAGAGAAUAACCUUUUUUCCAAACACAAAGUGGCUAAACUCUAGUGCCCAAACACUAGGCAUGCCCUGGAGCUGUUGCCAGAGGACAGACUAGGUUCCCCCAGCCACACUAUAAUUCACACGGGCACAAACAACCUGAGGGCCCAGCAGGAAAGGGUGGCCACAGCACUCAAGGGAGUGAUUGAAAAAGCUUCUUCCACUUUCCCCAACGCACAAAUGGUUAUCUGCACCCUGCUACCACGAAAAUACAUUCACCUUGCCACCAUACAGCAGGUGAACGCAAGCAUUUCCCGGGGCUGUGUCUCAAAACCUAAUGUCUACCUGGCCCACCACUCCAGCCUUUACGACCAGGUCCACCUCUACAAGGCAGCAAUCUCAACUUUUGCCAGGACCCUGAAAUACGUCACCCACAAUCGCAGCCCCAGCACCUCACACAGGAGCAACAGAGCAACGGACAUCCCGCCCAGACCAGCGAGACACCCUCCCAGACCCUGGCCACACCCUAAGAUUCCCCCAGAUCAGACCUAUACCCCUUCUGACCCCCCCCCCCCCCCAUGCCCCCCGCCUGUGCAACAAGGACCUCAACAUGACAGCCGCACAUAUGCUCAGGCCGUGAGCAGAGCAACAGGCCCAACCCCCACUAAUGUUGCUGUCUUUUUCCAUGGCUAAACCGACUAAGCUCGUAAUUUAACAAUUGUAUUCAUAUUUACAAAUGGCAUACCAUUAUUAAGGCACAUGAAAGUUCACGUUCCAGAUGGUAUUUCUGCCAAAAAAGUUUACGUUCAAAUGCCGCUCCUCUGAAGUAGUGACGCGCGACAUACGCCUAGUUUCCUGAAACGAGUCACAAAUGGGUCACACAUCCUGCAGAUCUGUCGCAGGCUGGGUCUGUACAUAGUCAAUGGUAGGCUUCGAGGAGACUCCUAUGGUAGGUACACCUACAGCUCAUCCCUUGGCAGUAGCGCUGUAGAUUACUUUAUCACUGACCUCAACCCAGUCUCUCAGAGCGUUCACAGUCAGCCCGGUAACACCCCUAUCAUAUCACAGUCUACCUUAACAGAGCAAUACUCAAUCAUGAGGCAUCAAAGCCAAAGGGACUGCACAAUAUUAAGAAAUGCAAUAGAGGGAAGGAAAGUAGUGUAGAAACCUUCCAACAAACUAUUAGGCAACAACAAAUUCAAUCCCUUUUAGACAACUUCCUGGACAAAACAUUUCACUGUAAUAGUGAAGGUGUAAACUUGGCAGUAGAAAGCCUAAACAGUAUAUUUGACCUUUCAGCUUCCCUAUCAAAUCUAAAAAUGUCAAGCAGGCAACCUAAGAAAAUUAACAACAAUGACAUGGUUUGAUGAAUAAUGCAAAAACCUAAGAAAGAAAUUGAGAAUGUAUUUAUUUGAUUUAUUUAACCUUUAUUUAACCAGGUAAGCCAGUUGAGAACAAGUUCUCAUUUACAACUGCGACCUGGCCAAGAUAAAGCAAAGCAGUGCGAUUAAAAACAACAACAACACAGAGUUACAUAUGGAAUAAACAAAACGUACAGUCAAUAACACAAUAGAAAAUCUAUAAACAGUGUGCGAGCUUCUCACUCUCACAAUGAACAAUCACUCACAAAGGACAAGGGGGCAGAGGGAACACUUAUACACAGACUAAUGAGGGAAUGAGUACCAGGUGUGUGUGAUUGACAAGACAAGACAAAUGGAGUGAUGAUAAAUGGAGUGGUAGUGGCUAGUAAGCCGGUGACGACGAACGCCGAAACCUGCCCGAGCAAGGAGGAGGGGCCGCCUCGGCUGAAUUCGUGACAGUACCCCUCCAUUGACGCGCAGCUACAGCAGCACGCCGGCACCGGCCUUGGGGACGGACAGGAGGACGCGGAGCAGGGCGAAUCGGAUGGCGACGAUGGAAGUCCAUCAACAGAGAGGGAUCGAGGAUAUCCCUCACCGGGACCCAGCACUGUUCCUCCGGACCGUACCCUUCCCACUCCACGAGGUACUGAAGGCCCCCACCUGGCACCUCGAAUCCAGUAUUGAACGGACAGAGUACGCCGGCGCCCCCUCGAUGUCUAAAGGAGGUGGAGGGACCUCCCGCACCUCAGACUCCUGGAGCGGACCAGCCACCACCGGCCUGAGGAGAGACACAUGAAACAAGGGGUUAACACGGUAAUCGGGGGGGAGUAAUAACCUAUAUGUGGCCUCAUUGAUUCUCCUCAGGACUUUGAACGGCCCUACAAACCACGGGCUCAGCUUCCGGCAGGGCAGGCGGAGGGGCAGAUUCCGGGUCGACAGCCAGACCCGAUCCCCCGGUACAAAGACGGGGGCCUCACUGCGGUGACAGUCAGCGUUGGCCUUCUGACGACGCACGGCGCGUUGGAGGUGAACAUGGGCAGCGUUCCACAUCUCCUCCGCACUCCGAAACCAGUCAUCCACCGCAGGAGCUUCGGUCUGGCUUUGGUGCCACGGUGCCAGAACCGGUUGAUAACCUAAAACACACUGAAAUGGCGUUAGGUUAGUGGAGGAGUGGCGGAGAGAGUUCUGGGCAUAUUCUGCCCAUCGCAGGAACACCGACCACUCCCCCGGCCGGUCCUGGCAAUAGGACCUCAGGAACCUACCCACAUCCUGAUUUACCCGUUCCACCUGCCCAUUACUCUCAGGGUGGAACCCAGAGGUCAGGCUGACCGAGACUCCCAGACGUUCCAUGAACGCCUUCCAGACUUGACGUGAACUGGGGACCUCGGUCAGACACUAUAUCCUCUGGUACCCCGUAGUGCCGGAAGACAUGUGUAAACAGGGCCUCCGCAGUUUGCAGAGCCGUGGGGAGACCGGGCAGAGGAAGGAGGCGGCAGGCCUUCGAAAAGCGGUCCACAACGACCAGGAUGGUGGUGUUCCCUUGAUAGAGAGGCAGAUCAGUUAAAAAAUCAACACUCAAAUGAGACCAUGGUCGUUGUGGAACUGGUAAAGGUUUUAACUUACCCGCUGGGAGGUGCCUAGGUGCCUUACUCUGAGCGCACACUGAGUAGGAGGAAACAUACACCCUCACGUCCUUAGCCAAGGUAGGCCACCAGUACUUUUCGGUCAGGCAGCGCACUGUACGACCGAUACCUAGGUGACCAGAGGAGGGUGACGUGUGUGCCCAGUAGAUCAGACGAUCACGGAUAAGCGCAGGCACGUACUGCAGCCCAGCUGGACACUGCGGUGGAGAUGGAUCUGUGCGUAAUGCCUGCUCUAUAUCCGCGUCCAUUGCCCAUACUACUGGCGCCACAAUGCGUGAGUCUGGCAGUAUGGGGGUAUUGUCUCUGGGCCUCUCCUCUGUAUCAUACAGCCGGGACAGUGCGUCUGCCUUCACGUUCUUCGUACCCGGAAUGUAUGACAGUGUGAAAUCAAACCGGGUGAAGAAUAGGGCCCACCUGGCCUGGCGAGGGUUCAGCCUCCUCACUGCCCGGAUGUACUCCAGGUUACGGUGGUCUGUCCAGACGAGGAAUGGGUGUUUCACUCCCUCGAGACAAUGUCUCCACACGGUCAGAGCUCGGACAACAGCCAACAUCUGUUUGAACAGGGUAUGGUAGUAGGUGCCAGGCGCACCGGUUUGAGUGUGUCAAGAACUGCAACACUGCUGGGUUUUCACGCUCAACAGUUUCCCGUGUGCAUCAAGAAUGGUCCACCACCCAAAGGACAUCCAGCCAACUUGACACAACUGUGGGAAGCAUUGGAGUCAACAUGGUCCAGCAUCCCUGUGGAACGCUUUCGACAUGUUGUAGAGUUUAUGCCCCAACGAAUUGAGGCUGUUAUGAGGUCUUGCUCUUCAUUGUAAUCAGAGGGCUAAUAUAAAUACGAUGCAUGCCAGUCUCCCUUGGCUAAGAGUUGAGGAGAGACUGACUGCAUCACUUCUUCUUUUUAUAAGAAACAUUGUGUUAAAUUCCAAAUUGUUUGCAUAGUCAACUUACACACAGCUCUGACACACACACUUACCUCACCAGACAUGCCACCAGGGGUAUUUUCACAGUCCCCAAAUCCAGAACAAAUUCAAGAAAGCGCACAGUAUUAUAUAGAGACAUUAUUACAUGGAACAGCAAACCUGGUUUAAAAAAAACAGAUAAAGCAACACCUCACGGCACAACACCUCUCCCCUAUUUGACCUAGAUAGUUUGUGUGUAUGUAUUGAUAUGUCGGCUACGUGUGCCUUUAAAAAAAUUGAUGUAGUUCUGUCCUUGAGGUUUUCUUGUCUAUUAAUGUUCUGUAUUAUGUCAUGUUUCAUGCUUUGUGUGGACCCCAUAAAGAGUAGCUGCUGCUUUCGCAACAGCUAAUGGGGAUCCUAAUAAAAUACCAAAUACCAAAUAAUGACAACCCAAUUGUUAAAAGUGGCGGAGUUAUCCUUUAAGCUACUUUCCCUGGCUUUGUCUAUUUGAUGGCGAUGUGUUUGAUUUACAUUCCCUGUAGAAGUAGAUUGGUGAAUGGUUCUGUGCUGGGCUAGUUUUCCUGGCUCAGGUCUCCUCAGUGUACAGAGGCCCAUUGUUCUGUAGUGUGUCAUUCUUGUUUGUGGUGUGUGUGCUUAGGGAGAGAGAGAGAGAGUGGUGGGUUAAGUCUUCCCCUGGGCUCUCCCUCUCUCUGCUACUGUGGUCUACUGCUGCCCAGCCAUCCAGGGCAUGCUAACAGGCACUGCCCACCACCUCUGCCUUCACUGACCUCUGUGUGGCUGUAAGGAAAUGCCUCACCCCUUGACUGUGUGCGUGCACAGGCUUGUUCGCGUGCGCAGGCAAGUGCCAUAUUACUACAGUUCUCUGCACAUUCCCUCCCAAAAAAUGCGUUAACUUUAUUGGCCAGAAACUGCGCUUUGUGCUUACAGUAAAAGUUAGCUUCAUCUGUUAGUGCCACAAACAUAAACAUAAUCCACUUUUGAGUUCGGGGUUAAGUGCUCUCAUGGCUUGAGCUGUUAGACUGUUAGUUUGUUUAACUUGUUAAUACUUUGCUCUGAACUAUUAUGACUGUAUAUGUUUUCUCUUUACCACUCUUAAAUUGUGAGUAUGGCUGAUGCUUGUUUUUUUGUGUCGUGUGGGGAAGGGGUUCAAACUCCUCUGAAGGGGGUCUUCUGGGGAGAGAGGGGGUUCGUCAGCACCCCUUUUACCGGCCAACCUUGGCUAUGAGGCCCCCUCACUCUCUCCACUGCCAAAUUACCCCCAUCCCGUCCAGCAAUCAGGCCUGAAGCUCACACAGCCCUCAACCCACAAAUACUUUGAGCAGUUGAACAUGUGCCCUGUAUUUAGAGGUAGAGGCAUGGAAUUAGCUUUGAACACACACACACACACACACACAUACUCCGAGUCCAGUAAGAAAUCAGAGUCCAGUAGGUUCCAUUGCUUACAGUGUCAUGCCUGUGUUUUACACUGUUUCUCACUUCCCAUAUUGUUUCACAAUAGGGUCUUAGGGAAGUCACCAGUUGCGACAAGUAGGCCUAUACAGUGAAACACUCCUCUGUGUCCAGAAUUCACCCAUGGAAGUCUUAUUACAGGCUGUGUGUGUUUGGUGCGUAUAUACAUUAGGGCCGGGACGAUACCAGUAUCGCGAUACUCGUUAGUAUCGUGGCAAGGAAGCAAAACACGAAGAGGAUUUAACUUCAUUAGGAAAACAGCCCUAAUGUUGGAAACAAACACCAUUAUGUUGUCAUCCAGAGUCACAUUUAUUUAUUUCCAAGCUACAGCACACAAUAUUUUACACACAGCAGGUUUUUAAAGGACCAAAGUGUUCGGUCUGCUUCAUGUUUACAUUUUUGCCAUGGAAAAAAUAUUGCGAUACUGGUAUCGUCCCAGCCCUAAUAUACAUGCUUCUGUGUGUUCGCGGGCGUGGGUCUCUUUGGUGGGUGGAUGGCUAAAUGUAUGUUGUCUACAGUAUCUAACCCAGUCUCCUCUCUCUCUCUGUAGAUGACAGUAUCUCGGCGGCAAGUGCGUCUGACGUGCAGGAUCGUCUGUCGUCGUUGGAGCUGCGUGUCCAGCAGCAGGAGGAUGAGAUUACCGUGAUGAAGGCGGCGCUGGCCGACGUGCUGCGACGCCUGGCGCUCUCCGAGGACACGGCCGCCACCGGCAAAAAACAGACCAGCACCAAAGGUAGUCAGUCACCUCAGACCCCUUACCCCUGA